CGUUCUCGCACCUCAGUCGCUGAGUUGGAAGUUCGUGUGGGAAAAGUUGAAGAAGAUUUCUGUGGCAAUUUCCCACAAAAUACACGUUGGAAAAGUGCUAAUUUUUGCAAAAUUUACCAUGUAGAUUGUUGGUGCAGGUGUAGUUAUUAGUAUUGUGUGGGAAAAGUGUGUGAAAUUGUGCUAAAAGUGAGUGAAAAGUUUGGGUAGUGAAAAAAAAUGGCCCCACCAGGCAAUGGGAUUUUUGUGGUCAGGGGCGAACUUUCCACCCUGACCACAGCCAUGAGACGUGGAGCAAGGUGGAGUGGUAGUAAUUCCUAUCAGGAUGAAGAACAAGAUGGACUAUUGAAGCCACUGCAUGAACUGAAAAAUAUCCUGAUACAGAAUGAGGAUUUGCGCCUUAUUGAGCCAAAUGUCUUUCUGGGGCCUUUUCUGGACGUCAUCAAAAGUGAAGAGACUACAGGUCCGGUCACAAGUCUUGCUCUGUCGGCUGUCAACAAGUUUCUAUCGUACGGAUUGAUUGAUCCUACACAUUCCCAUAUCGCAACAACUGUGGAGAAUAUAGCAGAUGCUGUGACGCAUGCGAGAUUUGUCAGUAUAGAUCAGGCUUCUGAUGGUGUGGUGCUGAUGAAAGUUGUCCAUGUACUGAGGACACUGAUGCUGAGCCCAGAAGGCAGUGCCCUGACGGAUGAGAGUGUCUGUGACGUGAUGCUAGCCUGCUUUAAGAUCUGCUUUGAGUCACGUCUCAAUGAAUUGCUGCGAAGAACAGCAGAACAGGCUUUCAGGGACAUGGUCCUUUUGCUUUUCAUGCGACUGCCACAAUUUGUGGAGGAUCGUCAACCCAUCAAUCUGGCCAAGAAGCUGAAGAUGAUGGCAGGCACUGAGGGUGGCCAUAAGAAGAAGAAAUCCAAAGGAGUGGGAAAAAUACCCAAGGUAGCAAAUUUAAAAGCUGAGGAUGGCGAUCAGGAGCCAAUAAGUCCAACAUACCCAAAUUCCGGGAUGUCUCUGAAGCCACCACCUCUGGCCACCACGCCAGCCACUCCGGCGGGGAAUAUUGUGGAUAUGCGUGGGAAGAUAGCAGAAACACCAAUAUCAUCACACAAUCAGCCUCCGAAACGUCCGGAAGAGCAAGAAACCCCUGAUCAGGUAGGUGAAAAUGGGAGUGAAGGGCAGGAAGAGGAACCCCCCAGUCGUCAGGAUAGUGUAGAAUGUGAAGCUGAUGUGGAAGAUGAAAGUGAAGAGGUCAAAAGUCCCAAAGACAAAGUCCGGGAGGAAUAUGUGAAUUCAGUUGGAGUUAGAUUUACCCAACAAAGAAGUACAAGUAUUUCCCUACAUCCAUAUGGCCUUCCUUCCAUCCGGGAACUAUUUCGUUUUAUCAUUUCUCUGUGCAAUCCCCUGGAAAAGCAAAAUACCGACAUAAUGAUGCAUUUGGGCCUGAAUCUGCUGACAAUUGUUCUGGAGAUUGGAGCUGACAGUAUUGGGAAUUAUGAGUCACUUCUGGUUCUCGUCCGGGAUGAUAUGUGUAGGAAUUUAUUUGCACUGCUGAACACCGAAAGACUGACAAUCUUUGCGGCAGAUUUGCAGGUUUGUUUUUUGCUAUUUGAAGCCCUCAGGGGACAUUUGAAGUUCCAGCUUGAAUUCUAUCUGACCAAAUUGGCUGAAAUCGUUGGGAGUGAAAAUCCGAGAUUGCCGUAUGAGAUAAAGGAAAUUGCCCUGGACAAUAUGCUGCAAUUGUGGCGAAUUCCGGGCUUCGUGGCUGAAUUGUACAUCAAUUUCGACUGUGAUUUGUAUUGUACGAAUCUCUUUGAGGACAUCACGAAGCUACUAUCCAAAAAUAGCCUGUCAGCCACUCAAACCAUCCAUAGUACACAUAUCCUCUCCCUGGAUGCCCUUCUGACCAUUCUGGAGGCCAUCAAGAAAAACUGCCUGGCCACUAAAGCUGGCAAUACAGCCACAGUUUCCCGGCACUCCCGCAACAAUUCCAGCUGCGAGAGAAUUGUCAUUGAGAGUGAUGUUGAAGUCAGGAAUAUCAGUAACUACAUCAAUCUCUCUCAACUGGAGAGAUACCACCGGAAUUCCGAAGAUACAACCCUCAGCAAUGAUCAACUUGAAGAACUAAGGAAUAAGAAAAGAAUCCUCUCUCAAGGAACUGAACUAUUCAAUUCACGACCAGAAAAAGGCAUUCAAUAUCUCCAAGAAAAUGGCCUACUUAAUCCCGUUUUGGAUCCCAGAGAAGUAGCACAUUUCCUACGGGAAAAUUCGGGUUUGGAUAAAAAGAUGAUUGGCGAGUACAUCAGCAAGAAGAAGAAUGUUGAGAGUAAAAUCCUAGAAACAUUUGUCAAAUCAUUCGAUUUUACAAAUUUGCGAAUUGAUCUGGCACUUCGGCUCUAUCUGGAGACCUUUCGACUUCCAGGCGAGGCUCCAUUGAUCUUCCUGGUGAUGGAACAUUUUGCUGCUCAUUGGCAUCAGUGCAAUGGUGAACCAUUUGCAAAUACAGAUGCAGCAUUUAGGCUGGCAUAUGCCAUCAUCAUGCUCAAUAUGGAUCAACACAAUUACAAUGCCAAACGCCUGAAUAUUCCCAUGACAGCAGAGGAUUUCCUCAAGAACCUCCGUGGGCUCAAUGGGAGCUCAGAUUUUGACCAGGAUAUGCUUCUGAGUGUUUACAAUGCCAUCAAGAGCGAAGAGAUUGUCAUGCCAGCUGAGCAAACGGGCAUUGUUAGAGAAAAUUAUCUGUGGAAGGUGCUACUGAGGCGAGGAGCUGGCAGAGAUGGGAGAUUUAAUCAUGUGACUGGAGCUGCUCAUGAUAAAGAACUAUUUAGAAUUGUUUGGGGUCCGACGCUGGCAGCCUUGAGCUUUAUGUUUGAUAAAUCCAGUGAUCCUAGUAUCUAUCAACGAGCCAUCCGUGGAUUUUCGGCCAGUGCCAGUAUCUCUUCCCACUAUGAACUUCAUGAAGACUUUGAUGCUCUAGUAUUGACCCUGUGCAAGUUCACAACUCUUAUCAAUGUUCCCGAAGAUGCUAAUGAGAUCGCAGCUAGUGUGGCCUUUGGGCAGAAUGGAAAAGCUCAACUGGCUCUCAAGUGUACCUUUGGUCUGGUCCAUGAACAUGGAGAUACAAUGAGGGAGAGCUGGAAGAACAUUCUAGAUGCCCUGGCGCAAUUGUUCAAGUUGAAACUCCUUCCAAAAGCCCUGAUGGAAGUUGAGGAUUUCUGUGAGGCUUCGGGAAAAGUGGCUCUUGUUCACAUAAAGCCUCAGCUUGUAAAGUCCGAUGCUGGACUCCUGAGUAGCCUGUAUUCAUAUCUCAGUUCAGAUAGUCAGCGUCAACCGUCGUAUGAAGAACAGGAGAUCAUCAAAGUGUCGAAGAAGUGCAUAAAAGAAUGUCAGGUAGAUCAGAUAGUGACAGAAUCAAAAUUUCUGCAGUUUGAAUCCCUCCAGGAGCUGCUUAAGUGUCUAUUUGGAUGCUUAAAACCACCAGAAAGCCAUAAAUCCGUGGGAAUAAACUAUCCGGAGGAUGUUACGGUGUUCCUCAUGGAGCUCUCUGUGCGCAUUCUCAUUCACAAUCGAGAUAGGAUUUUGCCUAUUUGGGAAUUUUGUCGAGAGCCCCUGUACAAUCUUUUGAUAGGAGCUGCUAAAUGUGGUUACGAUUAUCUUCUAAAUCGGUGCAUUGUGGCCAUUCUCAAAUUGGCCAUCUACCUCAUGCGCAAUGAAGAACUUUGCCCUGUGGUCCUGCAGAGUCUUAAAACCAUCCUAAUUCUUAAGCCACGUGUUAUCUUCCGAAUUUCCCGGCAAAUUUCCACGGGAGUUUAUGAAUUGCUAAAGACCAGUGCUCAGAAUAUCCAUACCGAAGCUGACUGGGCGAUUAUCUUCACGCUGCUGGAGUGCGUGGGAGCAGGAUCAAUUCCGGCAGAUACGGAGGAAGCAACAACAGCCAAUGGCACUAAGUCCGACGGAGCGUUGAGCAGUGAAGAAGAUUCUGGAUUGCCAGAUCGAGGAUACACAUCGGACUCUGAGGUGGGCAGAAGUGGACAAUUAUCUACCACAAGUACUCCCUUAAUCAGUCCUACAAGUGGCGAGAAUUGGAUUCUUGUCAAUAAGGAUGCGGCUGAUGUACAGAUGGCAAGGCCACUAUCGCCCAUCAAUACUUUAGCCUACAAUUGCAAGCUAGGGGAGCAUAGCCCGGUAGCGCUAGUGAAGUGUUGGGACAGUCUAGCGUUCAUCGUGAGGAAUGUAGCCCACAUAACGCCCUACAACUUUGAGAGCUGCGUCAGGUGCAUGAGAACAUUUGUGGAGGCAUCUCUGAAUGGGGGCCAGAAGACGAGGAGGACAAAGGCACAGAAGGGAGGAGGUGCAGCUAGGAGGGAUAGGAAGCGGGAUGAGAGUAGUGAUAGUGAGGAGGAAGAAGUCCCUGAGAGAUAUCCAACGAUAGCCAUUCAACUGUUAGACCUCAUGCAUACUCUGCACACGCGGACAGCUCAGAUCUUUCGCUGGUGGGCAGAAGAAGGUGGAGUUCUGCCACAUGGUGGUGCUCUAUGGGCUCAGGGAUGGUGUCCGUUGCUACAGGGUAUUGCCCGAUUGGCUACGGAUCAGAGAAGGCAAGUGCGGACAAGUGCUAUCACGUGCCUCCAAAGAGCUCUCCUGGUUCAUGAUUUGCAAACACUGAGUGGACCAGAAUGGGCAGGGUGUUUCAAACAGGUGCUAUUUCCUCUGUUGUCGGAUCUCCUGUCUGAAUCCCCAGCUCCUAGUGAUCCUAGUCUUCUGGAAGAGAGUCGCAUGCGAACAGCUACGAUCAUGUCUAAGGUCUUUCUCCAUCAUCUAACUCCGUUGAUUGGAUUGACGAAUUUUGCUGAGCUCUGGCUGGAGAUUCUGGACUAUAUUGAGAGAUUCAUGAAGGUGGGGAGUGAUUUGUUGUACGAGGCUAUGUUGGAGAGCCUCAAGAAUGUGCUCCUGGUGAUGCAUUCCGUGAGAGUAUUUCAUGCAGCUGAUGGAGUAAGUCAUACUCCUCUCUGGGAUGUCACGUGGUCAAGGAUCUCGAUGUUUCUGCCCAGCCUCAAGGAGGAACUCUUCAAGGAUGAGGUUGAACUUCCUGGACAGUCUUCUGCAACUGCUGCUUUUAUUCCAACCACGGAAAAUGCAGCAGUUACUCCAAAGACCAGUAUCAUCCUGCAGCCACCGGUGAUGAAUCAGGAAUCCUCUUCAGCUGCUGUUCCUCUUUUAAUUGGUCGGGCAUGUCCUCCAGUAGUAGCACCAUCAGUUCCUGUCAUUCUGCAUCAAACACCACCCCUUCAGCAACCUCAAUUUGUAGAGAGUCUCCCGGAAACGCCGAAGCGAGAAGUGCAGCAACUUUUUCUUAAUCCUGACUUUACCAAUGUCAUUGAACUGCCAGUGACUCCUCCAGUGCAGGAACCUGGAGUGCCAAUGAGUCACCUUCUGGCGGGAAAUCAGUAUCCAUCUCUGACCAAGGUGCCACCGAAUAUUGCCCAGAGUUUUGCGCCAGUUUUUGUUCAGCCACAAAACAUGCAAUCCGACAGUGACAUUUACAGUGACUACGUGAAAAAUCCCUACAAUCUUACGCUGCAAGCGGAGGCUGGGGAGGAGGAGGAAGAGAAGAAGCCGGAACUGCCAGAGGGUAACCGAGUAUUGGGAUCUUCGGAAGCAAUGGCAAAUUCCAGGGAGUCAAAUGUUUUUCAAUCGGCCAAUUAUUUUGGAAACGACACUGGAGUCAUUCCACCGGGGUCAGAAGUAUUCUUUGGAGGACCCUAAGAGCAUUUCUCCAGGAAUUUGAAGAAAAAAAAAGGAGAUUGAAGAGUCAUGCAAUUUAUCUGUUGCUAGAUUUUUAAUUUUACUAUGUUAUUGUAUUAUGAGUAAAUUAUUGGACGAAUUGGACACAAUAAACUAAUCAUUUUGUGGUAUAAAA